AUGUUAUGCUGUGCCGUGGCGCUGUCACGAGAAACUGUAGUGUCAUUCGGCUUCAGACAAUUGUAUUCGAAACGUUUUGGUGAUCCAACAUAAUGAUGGAUCUGUUAACAGAAACUGGAAAAGGACGUUUACCCGAUUACGAGGUGCAGGGAGCGAAAAAAGUGAGCUUUAGUCCAUAUUCCGACAACGGAGGGAGUGUGGUAGCUCUUGCUGGGGAAGACUUUUGUGUCAUAGCUGCAGACACACGUCUGAGCACUGGAUUCUCGAUCUAUACUCGAGAACAGGAUAAAUUAUUCCCCUUGUCAAACACCACCAUCUUAGGAUGCUCCGGCUGCUGGUGUGACACCUUGACUCUAACUCGUCUCCUAUCUGCUCGCAUACAGAUGUAUAAACAUGAACAUCAAAAGGAAAUGUCAACUCCAGCAGCUGCCCAAAUGCUGUCAAUAAUGCUGUAUCACAAACGAUUUUUUCCUUAUUAUGUCAGCAACAUACUUGCUGGAUUAGAUGAGAAUGGAAAAGGUUGUAUAUAUAGUUAUGAUCCAAUUGGACAUUGUGAGAAAACUACAUACAGAGCUGGUGGUUCAGCUGGCGCACUUUUGCAACCACUCCUUGAUAAUCAGAUUGGCUAUAAAAACCAAGAAGAUGUUACUCCAGUACCAUUGACUCAAGAAAAAGCUAUAGCAAUCUUAAAAGAUGUUUUUACUUCUGCAGCCGAAAGAGAUAUAUACACAGGUGAUGGAAUAACUAUCAAAAUUAUUACCAAGGAUGGAAUAAAAGAUUCCAGUUUUGCUCUGAGAAAGGAUUAAUGAGAAAAAAAAAGCAUUUAUACUAUAUCUGCGCAAAUAAAGUUACUUGAGUAUUUAAACACGUUA